GAAUUAAAAGUGAAUCGAAUAGAGAAAGAAAAAAAUAUUUUUCUCUAAUUUUCUACUUAACAUCAGCUUUUUGAUUACUACUUUUUGCUAAAACAAUAAAAUUCUAGUUAAGUUGCAAUUGUAAAAAGUUUAUUAGUGAAAUAAGAAGGAAGAAGAUUUAUGAAAUGUCGUUUUUUCAUGAGCCACCACCUCUAGAUUGUGAUGUUCCACCACCUCUCGAUGACAAAUUGCGAGAUAAUGACUUCGACCUUGAAGAUGAAGAAAUUAUCGAGGACAAUAGAAAUUUGGAACUACCAGAACUUCCUUCGGAUUACAAUGUUUUCAGUUCUGUUGGCAUUUCUUACAUACAUGAACCACCUGACCUUCCCGAUCUAAUAAGUCCUAAUCAACAAUCACCAUCUGACUCCAAAAUUAUAAACCAAAACAAUACAAAUGAAUUAUCAAAUAGUGACGUAGCAAAAGAAAAAGAAAGUUUUAAACCUGAUGUUGAUGUUCUGCAAAACACUGAGAAAGAAAUUAUUGAUGACGAUAAAAAGCUCAAUGACGAAUAUUUAAAUCCAGUUGUGGAAAAAUCGAUGGAAGUGCCACCGAUUAUUAGUGAAAAUUUUGAAAGUAAUUCUGAUGUUUCUGCAUCUGUUGCUAACAUUCCAAUCCCUAACGAGACUAAAAUCGAAGAGUGCUCGCAAAAUAAAGGAGAUUUAGGUGAAAAUAAACAAAGUAAAUUGACAGUGAAUGUGAUUGAUGAUGAAUUUCAUGAUUUUGUGGAAGCUCCCCCGCAAAGUGAACAUGAAGUUGAGUCUGUUGAGAAUUUCAAAGCUUUCACAGAAUCGCAAGAGAUAGAAACAGAAUUUGAUGACUUUACAAGUUUUACAAAGAACGAAGAAAUUGCAGAACCAAUUCCAGAACUGAACUUAGACGAUGACGAUGAUGAUGAUGAUUUUAAUGAUUUCGAAUCAGCAAUUCCUGUGAAUCGACAAAUUGAACAAACGCAAUGCUUUACAACGCUUAAUGAGAAAGAUGAGAAACCAGAGGAAGAAGUUGCAUUUGAAGCUGAUUUUAGUGCAUUCAAUGCUUUCAGCGACAAAAUUGAUGAUGUUCAGGGAAUAAAAUCGGAAAAUGAUUCAAAGAUAAGUCAAUUAAAACAUGACGGAGAAGAUGAUGAUGACGAUUUUGGUGAUUUUAGUGACUUUACACAAGCUGCCAUUUCAAGUAGUGAGCUUGAAGCUCAUCAACCUGUUUCCGUUGUGAAACCAACAAAUAUUUGUGGUCUUCUCGACAUGAUGUUUCCUUUCGCUUCUUACACUCAAAACGAAACAUCUGAGGUGCUAAAAAAUGACUCUUCAAAUGAACAAAAACUUUUGAAGAAUGACAAAUAUGUGACGAAGUUUAACGAUUUUGAUUCAACAUUAGCACUUGGACAUCAUUACAGUAAUUCAAAAACAAGUCAAUCGCUUGUAAAAGCUCUUGGAAUUGAUACAAGAAAUAUGUUACUUGGAGCUCAAUGGGCGUCAUUAUCAGCAUCAUCACAUAUGCCACGAUUUGCAGCAAAUUUAAGUUUCAAUCCGAUUGAACCAAUUAAACCUUCAACUGCUCAAGCUUCAUCAAUAUCAGUGUCAAUAGAACCAAAGUCAACACCUCAACCUGGAAAAAUAACAGCGGAAACUGUGCCGGAAGUCGAAUUUGAUUGGAAUAGUUCGGGAUUAGUGAAUCCAUUAGACGCACACAAACCGAACUAUCUAUUGGAUUUAGAGCAACUUAGAGUGGCAAUGGCAAAUUCUGAUAAAAUAAAUUCCUCAUCUUCUCUUAACCAUGCUCCAUCAUCCCUCGUUGAUCCAACUAACAAACUGACCGAUAUUGAUGAUGUUUUACGUCAAUUCGAUUCACUUAACAUCUGUCAAACAACUUCUGCUUCUGUUGUCACAAAUCAUUCGACAAUUAAACGUAAUAGUUCACAACCUAAACCCCAACAAUCCAAUGAAUCGAUCAUCAAUGAACAACAAUCAUCGUCAACACAUUCUGUCGAAAAUGAAUCAUCGAUCUAUGGCAUGGAUCAAGAAGUCACACAAGUUCUCGAGACAGAAGCAAAAGUCAAUGCCGGUCAUAAAUCUGAACUAAAUGACGUUUCGUCAUACCAAUGGAGUGAUUUUGGCGGUGCAUCAGCAACGACAACGAAUAACAUUGUAAGAACGAUUAAACUUCCUGAAACUCACAUCUUCACACCUGUCAAAGGAACAAGUCCAAUCGCUCGUGAAGUCAAAAGCAGAGAAGCUUCACCAGAUCUUGACGAUUCUUAUUACAAUAAAGGAUCGAUUGUCGUUAAAGAAUAUCACGAUGUCGAAUAUAGUCUCAAGCCUUCAUUGAAAAGCGAAUCAGAUGAUUUUGAUGACUUUCAAUCAGCACAACCAAAUGCUAUCGUUUCGAAACCUGAACCAAUUCUUCUUCCGAUGAAUAUUUUGGAACCAAAAAAAGUUGUAGAUAAUCAAACAAUGGAAAUUAAAUGGCCGGAACCUGGAAACAUCACUCAAAAUGUUGAACUUGAUUUUCUGGAAUCAUCAUCAGCACCACCAAUUCAAGAAGCUUCAAAAUCUAUUAUUAGAACGUCACCAAUUCAACAGCAACAAAACGGUAAUGAUGAUGAUGACGAUGAUUUUAAUGACUUCCAAGCAGCCCCAGUGAAACCUCAAAUAGAGAAAAACCUUUCAAAUGAUCCAAUAACUUUAUCACCAGCACGUCUUGUAUCACAACAGCAGCAAUCAAAUCAGAAAGCGAUGUGGAUAAGUUCGUUAGAUGAUGUUGAGAUAAGUCGAAUUGAAGCUGCUUUUCCAAAAUGCAAGACUGAAAAGAAGACAAUUUCCUCUCAUGCUGAUGCUGAUGACGAUGAUUGGAGUGAAUUUGUUAGCGUUACACAACCAAAUCCAUCACAUCCCCCAGCAACAGAACAAAAUCAUGCAAAAGUGAAAACAAAUGGCGAUGCUGAUGAUUGCAAUAAUAACAAUUAUGGCUACGUGAAUGAUAAAAUAUCGAAGCCAUCGAUGACAAUCACAAAUAAUUUCAGUUAUGGUUUUAAUCAACCAGAGCAGUUUCAUAACUCUUCGUCAAGUCAUCAUCAGCAAACGACGAAACCAAAUGCAAUUUCAACAAUCCUCCCUGAACUUGAUUUCGCGAUGCCAAAGCAUUUCAAUUUAUCGCGUGGUAAUAAUAGCGGUGGUGCUGGAAGUAGAAGUAUGGAUUCUGGAAAGAAAUGA